UCGCUGUCCACGUAGCUGCGCGCUGCUUUCCGGUUUGCGGGCCCUCCAACAUGGCGGCGGCGGCGGCAGCAGCAGGAGGGAAGAGCAACGAGUGGGGGGCGUUCGAGGCCAGCAGCUCAGCAGUGAUAGACAUGGAGAAUAUGGACGACACAUCUGGUUCAAGUUUUGAGGAUAUGGGAGAGAUGCAUCAGGAACUGAAAGAGGAAGAUGACGUUGGUGAGGAACCUGCACCAACAGAAGAUGAUGACGGUGCCUUCCUUGGUAUGAAGGGGCUAAAAGGCCAGUUGGGCCGUGAUGUAGCAGAUCAGGUGUGGCAGGCAGGCAAGAGACAGGCAUCAAAAGCUUUCAAUCUGUAUGGUAAUAUUGAUAUCCUCAGACCAUACUUUGAUGUUGAGCCUAUCCAAGUUAGGAACAGGUUGCUGGAGUCUUUAAUUCCAGUCCGAAUGAUCAAUUUCCCUCAGAAAGUUGCAGGAGAGCUGUAUGGCCCUUUGAUGUUGGUUUUCACACUGGUGGCUAUUCUUUUGCAUGGGAUGAAAACAUCUGGGACGGUAAUUAGAGAGGGCACACUUAUGGGCACUGCAAUCGGAACCUGCUUUGGUUAUUGGCUGGGUGUUUCCUCCUUUGUCUACUUCCUGGGCUAUUUGUGUAAUGCACAGAUUACAAUGCUGCAGAUGCUGUCACUACUGGGCUAUGGUCUGUUUGGACCCUGCAUCGUGUUGCUUGUCACCUACAAUGUUCAUCUCCAUUCCCUUUUCUAUCUAUUGUGGCUUAUCAUUGGAGGACUGUCCACACUCAGAAUGGUCACAGUGCUGCUGUCUCGUACAGUUGGACAAACUCAGCGACUUGCUGUCUGUGGGAUGCUGGCUGCCCUGCACAUGGUCUUCCUGCUGUACUUACACUUUGCUUACCACAGAAUUGUAGAAGGUAUCCUCGAUACCUUGGAGGGACCCAAUGCUGGGCCAGUGAGAUAUCCUCGGGACAUACCAGAACUUUCCAAAACUUUGAACAGCUCGGUGAAAUCGAUUGUAACCAGCCAGAAGACGCAAUCACUCUGAAUUGAUUUUGCUUCUUUCUACCUUGCACCAACUCUCCACAGAGACAUUGGAUGUUCGCUGGGCUGUGUGCAAGGGAAGCCUUGCAUUUUUACUGUAUACUGCUUUGACAGCAGUUUGUAUUCUGUAGAUAAACUCUCAUCGUGGUGGUGCAGGCAGGGGCAUGGUUGUCAAUUCCACUCCAUCUUAAUUGAUCAAAAUAAUCUGUACAUAAUUGAGCUGUAACCUUUUAAAGAUACAAAUAUCUGUGUCUGUGUAUGUUUAAAAUCUGGUACUAUUUAUGUGUUUACUCAGUGCUUGUAAGGGAUGCUGUACCGUUCAUAGCUGAUUAACUAAAUCACAUUCUCCUGGUCAGGCAGGAGAAUUUCCACAAAACAUAUCUGCUCCACCUCGGAUUCAUCAUAAAAUGCCACUCUCCCUUCAUCCAAAACAAACCAAUUCCCAUCUUACUAUGUGAGAAACAUCUGUCUCUAAAUUGACUAGUGAAGACAAUGUCUCAGAACUAGAUUGUACUGUUAGCUCAUCCAAGAUAUUACAGCUACGCACAGUACCUCGAAGCUAGGGAGGGAAAAUCCCUUAGAUCUCUUCUGUCUACACGCUGGGCACCUGUAUUGGGCGCUGAUAAGUACAGGGGCUGUCUCAGCAUCAGAGUCUGUUAGCUUGUUAAUGCCCCCUAGCAAGGCUGAAGUAUACUCAAUAAUUGCUGAGUGAAGGACAGUCCUUGGGAGCCUCUCCAUUAGGGAGUCAUUGCCAUUGGAGAGAGGGGAGAAACUUUAGAUUGAAGUAAAUUGUUACAAAUGAUGAAUUAUUAAUGUAAAGCUCAGUGUGAGAUGUAAUAGUGGCACUGUUUUUAGUUGGUACAUGUUAUUACUUAUUUUCAGUCUGUUUUCCAGCUCUCUCUCUUUCAGUUCAUAUUAAACUGAGGCUAAUCUUCCCUCUUCAGUUGGUGUGAAAUUUCCCAAAGAGUUAUUUUUGAAGGUGAAGAGCAAGUCUCCUGGUGUCUUAGCCAAUAUUUAACACCUGAACAGACAAUACAAUCACAGGUGGCUCUUCUAUAACACGAUGGUUAUGUUUUUGUGCAAACCUACAUUAUAGAAAAAUUGCAAAUUAGAAACAGUGCUUAAAGUGUUGGCAAUGUAAUCACAUCGAGAAUAUGGUGCUGGAAAAGCACAGCAGGUCAGGCAGCAUCCGAGGAGCAGAAGAAUCGAUGUUUUAGGUAUAAGCCGUCCCUCAGUAAUCGCAUUACAGCCAACACACUUUUUAAAAGUUUGCGCUUUAGAAACUGUGUCCCCAAUUUGUCAUUUGUGUUACGACAGAUUUGCAUUAAUGAAACAUACGUUAUGGCAGAACAACCUGUUGGUGUUUUAAUGAUCUUUGUGUAAAUCAGCUACAUUGCAACAAAAGCACUUCAUGCAAUGUAAAUAUUUUAGGACAUGCUGAGAUCAUGAAAGGUGCUGUAUAGAUUGAAAUAUUUUUCCUACUUGUGCAAUGUUUUUAAUCUUGGUGGUACAGUAAGCUUUGGCAUGUAAAUGGCCUGGAGCUGGACUGGUAAACUAUUUAUCACAAUGUAAUAUUUGGUACACUUUAAAAUGCUGCAUUUGCAAGUGUGACUGCUCUUGUUUGGAUCAUCAUUAGAAUCCAUUUCAGAACUUGACAUUGCUAUUUGUAUCUAUUUUGUCACUCCCAUAUUGCUGACAUGAGCUGCCAUCUGUGUGCCCACUGUUGGUUAUAGAUGUGUUUGUACUUCCCUGCUCCCCCACUGCUGCUACUGUUCUCCAGCUGUUUGCAGUGCUUUUCCCAUAGCUCCUGCAUUAAUACCAAGCCAUCAGUGGGAAAUGAAGGGUAGAGCAAGUUAGCUUUUGAUGACAAUUAAAAGUUGUUAAAAGGCAAGAAUUGUAAAAUCAAAAGAUUUGACUUGAAAUGUAAAUUUACUUCUGUGUAUUUCAGUAUCAAAGGUACCUGUGCCUUCAUGCUAUAUAGAAAAUGGGUGGUACGAAGGCUUGAACUUUAGAAUGAGAACAUGAACUCAGUGAUCAAUAACAACAGAAAGGGAAGCAGUAUUGUUCUAUUCCUUGUUGAGGUAGGUACAGAAUGGGUCCUUGUACAAGAUGUGACUGAUUGGGAGUGCUGCUUCAGAACGUGAAGUUUGUUAUUAGCUGCCUUUGUCACAGUGCUCUUGAAGCAAACAAAAUACUGAGAGGUUUGGAUGAAGUAGACAUGGCGAAAUGUUUCUACUAACAGGAGAGCCUAGAACCUGAGGGCACAGCCUCUGAGUAAAAGGGUAACUCUUUCAAACUGAGAUGAGGAUUUCUUCAGCCAGAUGAUGGUGAAUCUGUGGAACUCAUUGCCACAGAAGGCUGUGGAGGCCAGGUCAUUGAAUGUAUUUAAGACAGAUAGAUAGGUUCUUGAUUAAUACUCAGACAUUCUGUCAGCAACAACUAAUAUUUAUAGAACAUCUUUCACAAAGAAAAACCAUGUUCUAUAACUGAGCCACAUGAGAACUUGUUCAAAGACAAGUGUCUCAAAGUAGUCAUCGUUGUUAUGGAAACACAGCAGCAUAAUGUAAGACCUAUCAAACACUAAUGAAAAGAAUGACCAGAAAAUUGGUUUUGUCUUACUGUUGGUUUGAAUGAAAAAUAUUGUACAAGAACUCAGGAGAACUGCCCUGCUGUUCUUGGAAAUAAUAGUAUUUCCCUAUGUGCACAAAUUAGGCCUUAAUGCAACAAAUAAACUGAAAGACAGCACCUUCAA